GAGGAUCUACUUGGACUUCCCCCUAAUAUCAAUACCCUCUGCAUAUCUAUGAAACAUGGUGAAAAUAGAUCCAUGUCUCUGGGCUUUUUCUCUCAGUUUCAGGAUCUGGAGUACCUCUACAUUGAGGGAUGUUUAACUCAAAUCCUUCCAUCUGGGAAUAGUCACCUUCCAAAUCUGCAACAUAUGUCCUUGAUAGGUAAAUGGGGAACGGGCUCUGGAUGCUGUGAUUGUCAUAUUGGGCCUCAUACAUUCAGAAAUCUAGUUAAGUUAUGUGAUUUGACCAUACAGGGUUACAGGUUAACAGCAAUGGCCCCAGAUGUUUUCCAUGGUAUCCCUCAGUUACAAAGAUUCAUCAUUAGUGAACCCUGUGUUGAGGAUUGGUCAGAGGUACUAUGCAGAAUAAUGAAUAUAAAGUCACUUAUAGAGCUAAAAAUCAAAGCACCAGAGAUACAAUCAUUAAACCAAUCAAACUGCUCCAUUUUAAACACAAAAGAAAGCAUGAAACCUGUUUUUAACAAUCUAGCAAGUGCGGACUUCUCAUUUGGUGAAAUAACACAUAUAGAGGAAGGUGCACUGGCUUGGCUCCCGAACCUGACAAGGUUAACUGGGGCUUUCAGCCAGGAAGUCCUACUGCGCCUUCCCCUGUCUGGGAUUCAGCAAAUUCAGUACUUCAGUUGCUCUGGCAGUAAUGACAUUGAUUUUGAAUGUAUCUGUGAUGUAGUGUUUUUGCUUUCAAUCAAGGAAAUAUAUUUAGCCAAUGCCAAUAUACGUAGCCUCUCCAUGUCCAGUGUUGUAUCGUGCACUGGGCUAGAAUAUAUGUAUUUAAGUGGACUUGGAUCCGUCCAUCCUUCGCCCCAUUUGAAAUGGAAUUUCAUUUCCAGUCUCAAAAACCUUAACCAAUUGAACAUAGUUUUCCUGAGAGAUAAAAACCCUGAGAUUUGCUCCUUCCAAAAACAASCAAUCACAUGGUUAACAAAACUCACUUUGUUAAUCAAUAUACAAACACUUUUUGCAAAACAAUUUAGUUGUCUUGUUACGCUGCAGUAUCUGGARUUYACACAMAAUWUAAUUUCAAACAUUGAAGACUUUMCUUUCCUGGGYUUGACAGAUCUGGWGUCCUUAGACAUUACAAGAAAUAASAUAACACAGAUAAAUGCAAACACAUUUUUUGGUUUACAUAGUUUYACAUGGUUAGACCUCAGGAACAAUCCACUUAUUCACAACAUUGAGGCAAUGUCUUUCACACACCUCACGUCUCUUAGACAAGUGUUUCUCGGGCAAGUGAACAAUCCACUAACAGAACCUGUGAUCAAGCUGAAUCUGACACUUAUAUUUGGUGGCAUUCUGAGUCAGCUGACUCAUCUGUACAUUAGUUCAGCUAUGAGGCCAAUGCAGUUGYRUAUCGGCAGUAACAUCACAUCUAAACAGAACCUGAGUCUCCAGCUCAAAGGUCAGACGGUGUCAUUUGAGGACUGUGACAGACCUUUCUUUCAGUCUGUAACCGAUCUUAAUGCUGAUGCCGAAGAAUUCCUUUGUGGAUCUGAAUUCAUGGGAAAGUACUUCACGUCUGUGGAGACAUUUGACUACAGAUCUAAGCUUACAGCUAAAAGGGUUGAUUUAACAUCAAUUAAUCAGCUGAUUCACCUGAGGAGACUGACUCUACGACAGGUGGAUCUUUUAACACAGCGUUCUGCCGACAUCAUUUUUCACAACUUGACCAAACUGGAGGUUCUGGAAAUGUACKACUGCAGGAUUUAUUCUUUGGAGGGGAGUUUAACUAAAGACUUUAAAUCUUUGAAAAGAGUGUAUUUGCAUGUAAGAAAACAUUUAUAAUGUAUUCUACAGCUUUACCGAACCUCUCUCUAGUCUUAAGUAUUUGACGUUUAAUAAUUUACAGAUGUUUUGCAGUUGUGA